AUUUUCCAGAUUAGAUGAAUACAGGAAUGUUACAAUGUCCACCCCCUCUCCUGAACCCCUGAUUACCACCCCCUCUCCUGAACCCCUGAUGACAACCUCCCUCAUGGAACCAGAACAUCAAAACUCAGAUUCUAGCUCGAUACAAGCAUCCUUCACAGAUGAAGCAUCUCUACUGAACCCAACCUCCUCCAACAAACCCAAACUAACACUGUUUUUAGUUUUGUUGUGUGGUGUUUCUACUAUUGGGGGCUUCUUGUUUGGGUACGAUACCGGGGUUGUUAGUGGAGCUCUGAUUAAACUCAAGCAAGAUUUCAACUUAUCACCUGAACAAGAGGAAUGGAUAGUGGGUAUAGCCGUGGCAGCAGCCGCCCUGGGGGCUGGUCUUGGAGGUGCUAUUUCCAACACAUUGGGCAGAAAACCCACCAUCAUUCUCUCCUCCAUCUUCUUCACCCUGGGUUCAGCCCUGCUGUUCAGCGCUAAAACCUUCACCAUGCUCAUCAUCGGACGGGUAGUCCUCGGACUGGGGGUCGGGCUCGCUUCCAUGGUGGUGCCGCCCUACAUAGCCGAGUCCUCACCUGCAGCUUACAGAGGAAAACUGGUGACAGCGUUCGGGGCAACAGUCUGUUGGGGACAGUUCACAGCUAGUCUGGUGGAUGGAGCUUUCAGUACGGUACACGAGGGAUGGAGGUGGAUGUUAGGGAUAGCAACUGUACCCAGCAUCAUCAUGGGACUGGGAAUGUUGUUGCUUCCUGAGAGUGCUAGGUUUCUCAUUCAAAAAGGAAAAUUCAAAGAAGCUGAAGCUACUCUGCAGAAGAUCUCUGGUUGCGACGACGUAUCCGCUGAACUAAAAGAAAUAGGUGAGGCUCUGAGCAGGGAGUCUGAGUACAGUAGCAACGGAUUCCUUCAUACGGUCCGGGAAAUAUCCCGCAGUGCUCCAGUGAGAAGAGCAAUGGCAAUCGGCUGUGCAUUGCAAGCAUUCCAGCAGCUAGGUGGUAUAAAUACUGUCAUGUACUACAGCACGACUAUGAUAAAAAUGGCGGGAAUUUCGGAUGACUCUCUGGCUAUCUGGUUGUCGUGUAUUCCAUCCUUUGUAAACGCUUUAUUUGCUUUUGUGUCGAUGGUGAUAAUAGAGAAGGUGCCAAGGAGAAAGCUGCUUCUUUCAACUCUUUUGGGGACAAUAAUAGGUUUGGCACUUCUGGGUGGAGCGUACUUCAGCAUCAGUAAAACAACAGCACUGGUGACCAGUACAAACAGUACCUGCCCAGGGAGUGGCACCGUCAUAUUGAACUGUGGGGCUUGUGUUUCUAACUCUGACUGUGUCUUCUGUUCGACGGACAAGAGUUCUGAAGGACGGUGUAUUUUGCCGACAGUAUCAGAUAACUGUACAGAACCAGAUAUAAAGUACAGGGCGCAAGAUGUGUGUUACAGCCCGUAUAGCUGGACCAUCAUCGCCGCUAUGGUCUUCUAUAUCGCCAUGUUCGCUACAGGAAUUGGGACCCUAGCGUGGACAAUAAACUCGGAGAUUUACCCUAUGUGGGUGAGAGGCUAUGCGCUCUCGAUCUCUACUAUGACUAACUGGCUCUUCAACCUUCUCAUCGCAUUUACCUUCCUUGAUCUUACCAGGAUCCUUACCAAAUACGGAGCAUUCUGGCUGUACACAGGUAUAACAGUGGUAGGCUGGAUUAUCUUCUACUUCAAACUGCCAGAGACAAGGGGAGUUCCACUCGAACGGGUCGAACAGUUGUUCUCGUAGUUUCUCACAUAAUAUGGUAAUGUCGCAUAAUUGUUAAUUUGAACAGUAGAUUGCAAGUGCGCAGCCGCAAGGAAAAUCCUUAUUCAGAUUGAUUUUUAGUGGUUUUCAGACUUUCUAGUAAGAUUUAAAUUUGUAAAUUAUGUAAAAAUUAAAUCACAUUUGAAAACAAUUGUUAAAAUCACAUCUGAUUAUGUUUUGUAGUUGAUUGAAUUGAAAGCAUCUAAUAACAUAGCCGAUUCUUUUUUGUCACGUUGUAUUGUUUUGAUACGCAUGCUGAAGGUAUUCCGAAGAUUUUAACAUUUUAAACAUUUUACCGUACGUGUUUGUUGAGAUAAUUUGAUGUCAAAUAAUUGUUUUGCCUUUAUAUUAGAAUUUGUUUUGCUUUCUUUGAAUUUUGAUGAAAUUGUAUCGGGAUUAUUGAUGUAAAUAUCAGAUCUUUAAUGUUGUUAUGUGGAGCGAUGUGUCGUUAUUGAAUACCCGCAUAAUCACUUAAUAUUGUUUAGUAACUUUAAAAUGUAACUGAUAUUGAAUGCUUAUCUCUCGAUAGCAGUUUAGAAUUUACAUGGUUCGACUAAGUUAAUUUGCCUUAUGUUUAUUUCUAUGCAUAUAAUAAUUGAGUCCAUAACUAAAAUUCUAACAUAUUUGGCAUAAAUCUAUAAAACAUAGGUCUCAUAUACAUUAAAUAAAUGUGUCUCAUCACUCAUGUUGCAAAACUCUGCAGGUUGAUCAUGGCAGACGUAGAACCAGGAAGUAAAAGGGAGGCUCCAACCACCACUCCAGAACAACCUAACAACAGAAGAAACAAGAAAAAGAAGAACAAGUGGAAGAACCGAAAGGAGUUUCUUGAUGACAAGAACCGUCCUAACAAAAAACCGAAGGUAGAUCCGGCAACAGUUGGUGUUAGAGGAGACUGGGAACCUAUCACCAAGUCAAACGAGCAGUUUGAGAUGUAUUACCAGGCUCUGGGGCUCUUCCCGGGCGACGAAUGGGACUCGUUCAUGUCAACUAUGAGGAGUGAUCUGCCAGCUACUUUUAGAGUCGUCAACUCCAAGGGUGACAGUAUCCCCUUGAAUAACAUCAUGAAGGAGCAGCACUUCUCCAAACUAAAGGGUGUAAUGAUAGAAGGAAAACCAUGUCCUCUCCCAGAGAACAUCUCCUGGUACCCGGGAGGGCUAGCCUGGCAGUUGGAUAUGUCUCGUCCCAUGUUGAGACACAGCGAGGAGCUGUUCUCCCUUCACCAGUUCAUUGUCUCUGAGGUGGAGAGAGGGAGUAUUGCUAGACAGGAGGCUGUCAGUAUGAUUCCACCUCUAGUUCUGGAUGUGAAGCCUCACCACACUGUUCUGGACAUGUGCGCUGCGCCGGGUAGUAAGACUCUACAGCUGUUGGAGGCGCUUCAUGCGGACGGUCCUCACCCUUCAGGUCUAGUCAUAGCAAAUGAUGGAGACAAUAAGAGAUGUUACAUGCUGGUUACCCAAACCAAGAGGUUCAACUCUCUGGCAUUCAUGAUAACUAAUGAAGACGCAACCAGGUUCCCGAAUGUCAAGGUUUUCGAUGAUAAGGGCAGUCUGGUGAGCUUAAAGUACGAUAGAAUCCUCUGUGACGUCCCUUGUACAGGAGACGGAACCCUCCGCAAGAACUAUGCCAUCUGGAAGAAAUGGCAGCAAGCUCAAGCAAUAGGAAUCCACAAGCUACAACGGAGAAUCCUGCUCCGAGGAAUGGACAUGUUGGCGGAGGGAGGACGUAUUGUGUACUCAACAUGUUCUCUGAAUCCAAUAGAGAACGAGGCUACUGUUCUCAGUGCUUUGCGAGAUAGACCUGAUUUUAGGCUGGUACCCUCUGAAGGAUUCCUCCCACAGUUGAAGAGACGACCUGGUAUCACCACGUGGAAAGUGAUGCACAAUAACGGUACGUGGUACGAGAAGUUUGAGGACAUCACUAAUCCCAAACACCUGAAGUCCAUCGCACCUACCAUGUUCCCGACUGAUGCUGAGAAGCACAACUUGCAGCACUGCAUGAGGGUGUAUCCUCAUGAUCAGAAUACUGGGGGUUUCUUUAUCUGUGUCAUUGAAAGAAAAGAAACUCCUGCUGAGUCAACUCCUGAUGGUGCAGAAAUUGCCGCUGAUGAAAAGAACGGGGAAGCUAAAGCUCUCGGUCCAUUCAGCGAUAACUUUCAUAAAAAUACGAACGUUUUGGUUGAUAAAAUGACAUGGAAAACAUAUCAUGGCUAUAAAGAAGACCCAUAUUUCUUCCUGAAUCCAGAUGCCGACUGUUUCAAAGUACUCAAGGAAUGGUACCAGCUCUCCGAUUCGUUUCCUUUUGGCAACAUAUUUGCUCGUUCAAAGGUUGGGGAAACUGCAAAACAGAGGAAUUUAUCCGUGGCUUGUUCCAGAUUAAGAGACAUUAUUCAGCAGAACGAAAACAAAAUCAAAAUCAUUAAUUGUGGUCUGAGACUGUUUUCAUAUUGCAAAGAAGCCUUCAGUAAAUGCCCUUACAGGCUGUUACAAGAGGGAGCACAUUUUACUUCUGAUUUCAUGGGUGCUAAAAUCUUUGAGGUUUCCUUAGAGGACAUGAUCAAGGUGCUGGGACCGGAUACAGGUGUCGCUAAACACACACUUAAACCAGAUCUGUUAGAGAAAGUCAACGACCUUCCAACAGGUAUUAUCUUGUUUUAUCUACCUGCCUCUGGCAAUGUUCCAGCUAUUUAUUCAUGUGUAUACUGUACGGAUGGUGGUGUGAAGGCAUACAUCACAGAGGAUGAGAAGAACCAUUUCAGACUGAUUUUAGGUCAGGAGCCUCUGAUGACUAAAAGGGAACUGAAGAAGUUGGAAGCAAUGGAGACUCACCGGAAGAAGAAGAUUGAGACAGCUGCUAGGAUAGCUUUAGAGAAAAUAGCUCUGGAGAAAGAGAGUGAAGAGAGCAAAAAUGUUGAGGCAACUGAGAAAGAAGCUGAAGCUGCACCAGAGGUUUAAGAAGACGAUGUCUGCAAAGAAGUCGCUUAACGCUGAUGAAGAUGUUAUCUUGGAGGCUUAUCUUUUUAAGGAGGCUUAUCUUUUUAUGCAUACGUUGAGUACUGAUUUAACGUGACUGAGAAGUAAUAACAAUUUUAUGGGUGUUUUUACGUUUAAUUUAUUUACUGCUUUUAUUCAGUUGUUUUAAGUUUUGACCCAGUUUUAACCAAACA